AUGUCUAUCCAAGUUGAGCACCCUGCUGGUGGUUACAGGAAGCUGUUCGAAACUGUGGAGGAGCUGUCCUCGCCACUCACAGCUCAUGUCACAGGAAGGAUCCCCCUAUGGCUCACUGGCAGUCUCCUUCGAUGUGGGCCAGGGCUCUUUGAAGUUGGAUCUGAGCCCUUUUACCACCUGUUUGAUGGGCAAGCCCUUCUGCACAAGUUUGACUUUAAAGAAGGCCAUGUGACAUACCACAGAAGGUUCAUCCGCACCGAUGCAUAUGUCCGGGCAAUGACUGAGAACAGGAUCGUCAUAACAGAGUUUGGCACCUGUGCUUUCCCAGAUCCCUGCAAAAAUAUAUUUUCCAGGUUUUUUUCUUACUUUCGAGGAGUGGAGGUUACCGACAAUGCCCUUGUAAAUAUCUACCCUGUGGGGGAAGAUUACUAUGCUUGCACAGAGACCAAUUUCAUCACAAAAAUUAACCCAGAGACCCUGGAGACAAUUAAGCAGGUUGAUCUUUGUAACUAUGUCUCAGUCAAUGGAGCCACUGCUCACCCUCACAUUGAGAAUGAUGGAACCAUUUACAACAUUGGUAAUUGCUUUGGAAAAAAUUUUUCAAUUGCCUACAAUAUUAUAAAGAUCCCUCCACUACAAGCAGACAAGGAAGAUCCAAUAAGCAAGUCAGAGAUUGUUGUGCAAUUCCCCUGUAGCGACCGGUUCAAGCCAUCUUAUGUCCACAGUUUUGGUCUAACUCCUAACUAUAUCGUUUUUGUGGAAACACCAGUCAAAAUUAAUCUGUUCAAGUUCCUUUCUUCAUGGAGUCUUUGGGGAGCCAACUACAUGGACUGUUUCGAGUCCAAUGAAAACAUGGGGGUUUGGCUUCAUAUUGCUGACAAAAAAAGAAGAAAGUACCUCAAUAAUAAGUACAGGACCUCUCCUUUCAACCUCUUCCAUCACAUUAACACUUACGAAGACAAUGGGUUUCUAAUUGUGGAUCUCUGUUGCUGGAAAGGAUUUGAAUUUGUUUAUAAUUACUUAUAUUUAGCCAAUUUACGUGAGAACUGGGAAGAAGUGAAAAAAAAUGCAAGAAAGGCACCUCAACCUGAAGUGAGGAGAUAUGUAGUUCCUGUGAAUAUUGACAAGGCAGACACAGGCAAGAAUUUAGUCACACUCCCCAAUACAACUGCCACAGCUGUCCUGUGUAGUGAUGAGACCAUCUGGCUAGAACCAGAAGUCCUCUUUUCAGGGCCUCGUCAAGCCUUUGAAUUUCCUCAAAUCAAUUACCAGAAGUAUGGUGGGAAACCCUACACCUACACUUAUGGACUUGGCUUGAACCACUUUGUUCCAGACAGGCUUUGUAAGUUGAAUGUCAAAACCAAAGAAAUUUGGGUAUGGCAAGAGCCGGAUUCAUACCCCUCAGAACCCAUCUUCGUUUCCCACCCUGAUGCCCUGGAAGAAGAUGACGGUGUUGUUCUAAGUGUAGUGGUGAGCCCCGGGGAAGGACAGAAGCCUGCCUAUCUUCUGAUUCUGAACGCCAAGGACUUGAGUGAAGUCGCCAGGGCUGAAGUGGAAAUCAAUAUCCCUGUCACCUUCCAUGGACUGUUCAAAAAUUCCUGA